AUGAUUAAUUUACGUCGUCAAUUAGAAUUUUGUUAUUAUUCACGCCAUGAAAAUUGUUCUGGUAAUUAUACAUUUAUAGCAAAAUCUCCGAUCGUUGAACCACUUCAUUACAAUGAACCAACACAAAUUCAUUUAGCUUUCGGUGAUCCAAAUGAUCAAAUCUAUGUUUCGUAUGUAACUAAUUCAAACGAAAUGAUUCCUCAAUGUUCAUAUGGUUUAGAUUCCUCAUCAUUACAUUUUCAAGUAAAUGGUACAACAAUAACUUAUAAGGCAUUGGAUAUGUGCGAAGGAAGAGCUAAUAUAACAGGCCCACCAGGGCUAGCCUGA